AAUACUAUGCUGAUAUAAGUAGGGAUUCACUUGUCCCCCAUAACGAGUAAGUCACAGUAUAUAAACAUCAAUUUGAUGAAAAAUCAAUAACAUUCUACUAAUAACUUUCAACCAUGGCAUCUAGCAUAUUUUUGAUAUUGGUUCUUUUAACAUGCGUGAAAAUUCAACAUAUUUUUGGUGCUGAAAUAUUUCACCAUCUUGAUUUAAAACCUAUAGCCGAGGAAAAUAUUGAAGAUGAUGUACCAUUUAAAAAUUUAGCAAUAAUGGGUGCCGCCCAUCAUCGUCCUCAAACUUCUAGUUUUAGCCAAGGUUCAGGUUCAGGUAUUGGAGGUGGAUUUUCAGGAGGAUUUGGACAUGGUCAUGGAUUUGGAAGUGCUUCAACUGGUAAUGAAUUUGAAGCAACAGGUUCAGGUUUUGGAUCAAAUAAUUUCGUUGAAUCGAGUGGUGGUGGAUUUGGCUCAGGCACUGGAUUUGGCAGUGGUUCUGGAUCUAAUUCUGGGGGAUUUGGCUCAGGAGCUGGAUUUGGCAGUGGUUCUGGAUCUAAUUCUGGAGGAUUUGGCUCAGGAGCUGGAUUUGGAAAUGGUGGCUCUGUAUCAAAUGGCGGAGGAUUCGGUUCAGGUGCUGGAUUUGGCAGUGGUUCGGGAUCUAAUUCUGGAGGAUUUGGCUCAGGAGCUGGAUUUGGAAAUGGUGGCGCUGUAUCAAAUGGCGGAGGAAUUGGUUCAGGCGCUGGAUUUGGCAGCGGUUCGGGAUCUAAUUCUGGAGGAUUUGGCUCAGGAGCUGGAUUUGGAAAUGGUGGCGCUGUAUCAAAUGGCGGAGGAAUUGGUUCAGGCGCUGGAUUUGGCAGUGGUUCGGGAUCUAAUUCUGGAGGAUUUGGCUCAGGAGCUGGAUUUGGAAAUGGUGGCGCUGUAUCAAAUGGCGGAGGAAUUGGUUCAGGUGCCGGAUUUGGCAGUGGAUCUGGAACUAAUUCUGGAGGAUUCGGUUCAGGUACUGGAUUUGGCAGUGGUUCUGGAUUUAAUGGUGAAGGAUUCGGCUCAGGUACUGGUUUUGGAAAUAGUGGCACUGUAUCAGGCAGUGGUUCGGGGUUUGGAGGUGGAACUGGUGCAAUUGGCAGUGGUUUCGGAAAUGGUUUAGGAUCUAAUAAUAGUGGAUUUGGUGAAGAAGAACAGGAAAAUUAUGGCAGUGGGGAAGAAUUUGAAGUUGGUUUUGAAAGUGGUGGUGGAAUUGGAGGAGGUAAUAGCGGGUCAUCAGGUAGUGGUAUUGGUUUUGGAAGUGGCAACGGAAUUGGAAGUAAUCAAGGAGGAGGAGGGUUUGGUUUUGGAAGUGGGAUUGGUAUCGGUUCUAGUCACAACCAAGGCGAAGCUCAAAUAAAUGGACAACAUAGACCCCAUUUCUCAGGAUCUCAUGGCUCAGGCCAUUUUGGUGGAAGUAUUGGAUUUAAUGUUGGUGGAGCUGGACAUGGAAAUUUUUUAUCUUAAAUAUAAUCCAGUAAUACUAUACAUCGUUUUAAUUUAUUUAAAAUAAUAUACAAAAGAUAAAUAUUCCAUAAAGUAUGUAUAACAAAAAAAAUUCCGAUGAAUAAUAAAUUAACUAAUAAUUUUUUAAUAAA